UGUCAUGUUCUUGUGGAUUGGAAAUUGGAUAAGGCAGUGUGGGAUGACCAUCGAGGAGGGUUACUGCUUGCGAGGGCCCUGAGAACUUCCUUCAGUGAUAUGUUUGGCUGGUUGGUGGAAAACGCUUCGAAUGACAUGCUGAUUUUGAUAGCUACUGCUAUGUGGGCUAAACCAUAUGAGAAAUAAAGUGAUCUCUGAAGAUUGACCUAAAAACAUUGUUGAUGUCGUCAUUAGCUUCACUACCAUGGUCUGGGAAUACAAAUCCUAUGCUAGCAAGGUCUUUGCUCCUCAAGGUCGGCCCAUCUCUUUGCCUUCUCUAUGGUCUCCUUCAGAAUCCAAUUGGGUUAAAAUCAAUGUCGAUGCGAUCAUGUGACACAUCGUACUGAUAGGGAUUUGGGAGUUGUAUGUCAUGAUGCUCAAGGUAAUCUAAUAGCUAUUGGUGUUUGAAGAGUACACGCGACAUGGUGGACGCCUGUAAGUGAACUUGCUGCUGUUGUGUUUGGAGUGGAAUUAGCCAUCAGAAUGGGUUUCUCUUAUACACCUUGAAGGGGAUAAUGCAACUAUGUUCAAGGAGAUUACCAACUCUACACUUGGCUAAUUUUCUUUUUUAUGUUCUCCUUGAUUGGAUCUGCUCUCUACUGAUCUCCUUUAGGGGUGUUAGCCGUAGUGUGGUUCGUCGUAGUGGCAACACCGCGCCUCAUAUGGUGUCUAGGUGGAACUUGGGUUCUACAGGAGAUAACUAUCUAUAUGUAUCCCUUCCCUCAAAGUCUUGUAUCUUUGGUUACUCUUGAUCUUAUCCAAUUUUAAUACGUACCGUUCAAAAAAAAAACUAAAUAUUUAAAUUAUGAUUACAUUUGCCGUUUAGACCAAACUUUAUUUAACCCUAACGGUCUUGCCUAUUUGAGUUUGUUUUUCUUUCUAAUACGAGUCAACUCAGCCCGUUUUUGUUCGAAUCCAACCCAAACCGUAACCGAAUCGUUGCUAUACCUAACUUUCUGUAAUCAUUCCCGCCUUCCCUCAAGUUCCAACGGUAUUCCUCUCAAGAAUCUCAACUAUGGCAGCAACAAAACUACGGCUACAGCAAUGGAGUUCCCCGCUACAAUUUCUUCUCCGUCGACCGAACCCUAAAAUUUCAUCCUUCACAAAUUCAUUUAAACCAAAUUUUCGCCAUUUUCUCUCAUCCAAACCCCACCUUCCAAAACGAGUAGGAACCCACAAUGGCAGCUUCCACAGCGACGAAGCUCUCGGCUGUUUUAUCCUUCGCCAAACUUCCAAAUUCGCUGACUCUCACAUCAUCCGAACUCGAGAUUUUGAGGUUUUGGAUUCUUUGGAUGCCGUCUUAGAUGUUGGUGGAGUUUAUGAUUCGAGCCGAGAUCGGUAUGAUCAUCAUCAGAAGGGUUUUGAGGAGGUUUUUGGUCAUGGUUUUGGGACCAAACUUAGUAGUGCUGGACUUGUCUACAAGCAUUAUGGAAAGGAGAUAAUCGCAAAGGAGCUUCAACUUGAUAAGGAACACCCAGAUGUGCAUCGCUUGUUUCUAGCUGUUUACAAGAAUUUUGUUGAGGCAGUUGAUGCUGUUGAUAAUGGAAUCAAUCAAUAUUAUAUAGAUGCAACUCCUAAAUAUUUCAUUAACACAUACUUAUCAUCUAGAGUGGGAAGAUUAAAUCUUAGCUGGACAGAUCCUGAUCAGUCAGCCGAGCGGGAAAAUGAUGCCUUUCAGAAGGCAAUGGCACUGGCAGGGAGUGAAUUCUUGGAGAGCAUCCAUUUUCAUAAACAAUCUUGGUUACCUGCUAGAUCCAUCGUUAUGGAGUGUCUUGCUACAAGGCAUGAUAUUGAUUCUAGUGGAGAAAUCAUGGUGCUCAAGAAAUCUUGUCCUUGGAAGCUUCACAUCUUUGAGCUUGAGGAGGAAAUGAAGGUUGAGCCUUUCAUCAAAUAUGUUAUCUAUGAGGAUGAUAGGCAAACUUCAUGGCGUGUUCAGGCAGUGGCACUUGGACCAUAUAGAUUUGAAAGUCGGAAGCCUUUACCUCAUCAGUGGAGAGGUUUGGAGGGAAAAGAACUCUCUGAGAUAGCAGGGAUCCCUGACUCUGUAUUUGUGCAUAUGAGUGGUUUUAUUGGUGGAAAUAAGACUUAUGAGGGUGCUCUUGAAAUGGCAAGAGCUUCUUUGAAAUCAUAAAGAGGCAUAAACUACUGUGCAGUUGCAAAUAUUUAUCAGCCUAAGUAAACUUAGAGCUCAAGGAUGUCGAAGGGACCGGUGUUGAUAAUUGUAUGAAUGAUUUCAUGAGCAUGAAAUCAAUCAACAGGAUUCAUAUUUUAUUUUGCAAUGUAUACGACACUCAUGGAGGUUGUUUCUCUUUACGAAACUUGAAGGAUUGUCAACUCUUGGAUUCUGCAAUGCACAUUGGUGAAUAUUUCAGUUUUGCACCAUUUGAAAGAGGUAUCUUUCCCUUCUAACAGAACUGUAUGUUACACUUAAAAUCAAAUGUUUUUGUAACUCUUUUGAUUUAAUUAUCAUUUUGAGAUAUAUCAUAUUUACCCUUUAGUUUUUUUUUUUUUUUUUU